AUGCCGAAAGUAGCCAAGAACAAGGCGACGCCUCUAUCGUUUUAUGACAGAGAAGAUAUCAACAAAGCAGAUCUAGAGAAACGCCUUGGACCAUCGUCUGUCGCAAAAUACGAAUCAGGAGCUCGUCGGUUCGUAAAAUUUUGCGCUGAUCAAAAUAUUCCUCUCUGGCCAGACGAGACUGCACUGGCACACUUUGUUUCUCUUCUAUCCCGUGAUCUGCAACCAUCUACCAUCAACAAGUACCUAACUGGUAAGGUCCACUGUCUACAAGAAAAAUUCCCUUUUAUCGUCGAAGCACGUCUCUCGAAGAGAGAUCGAAACUCAGUUCAGAGUUGUCAAAAAUUGUUCUCAGACCCGAUUAAGCGAGCCUCUCCUAUGUCAUUAGCGGACGUCCACCAAACACGCUUGCCGUGGGUUGAUGCAAUGACAACUUUUUUGUUUCAAGCUCAAUGCGAAACAAGCGUAGCACGACGUGCAAAGAAUUUCUACAAUUCAAAGAUUUCCCUCGAAUGUCUUUCGGGAAAAAUGCUUUGUCCAGCUAUUACCGAUAAGAACCCAGGAAAAUUAACCUCAAACAUCCAACCUGUCCCUAGCUUCGCACACAUCAAAUAG